AUGACGGCUGUUUACGAGCUACAAUGUUUUGGGUCAAAUGGCAGUGGUCAAUUGGGUGUAGGCCACGAGGAGGACCUUAUGUUGCCCAUUACCAGCUUUGUCAGUAAGGGUAUCGGGAUUAAGAAGGUUGCGUGCGGCGGAAACCACUCGUUGCUGCUCCUGGAAGACGGGUCUUUAUUUUGGUGUGGCGACAACUCGGUUGGACAAUGCGCACCAAUAGGCAAAGAAAAUGGAGAUACUCCGAACAAGAGUUGUAGCUGGGUCUCUGUUCCAGGGAAGUACAUCGACGUAGCGUGCGGCUGGGAAUUCAGCGUCGUUAUAGACUCAGAGGGAAUGGUGAUGACCCGGGGGAAAGGGUGCAAGGGGGAGUUAGGCGUUCCCGAAGUUACGGAAAGCGAUGCUUGGAAUGCAUUGUUCCGAGUGCAAGACCGUAGGAAUGCCACAUGCCAUGCAGCUUUCCAGCACUGCGCAGUGGUAGAUCGAAAUGUAGUGUUUGCAUGGGGCAACAAUAGGAAACAACAGAUAUGUGGCGAGAGCAGUUUGAAAGUUGUUGAUUCUCCAAGAGAAAUAUACCAUGGACGCGGAAGUUCGGAAUACGUUCGUGUGGCUGUUGGAAAAGAUUUUACCUUUAUAUUGGUCGAUAAGGAAGGGAAGCAGGAUUUGAUAUUGCAGGGACCACUACAACAAGAGCUCCCGCGGAUAAUCUCUAAGUUGGAUGCAGAUCAAACAACAGUUAAACAAUUCGCUUCUAUGUGGUCGUCAUUGCAUCUUCUUACGGAAUCUGGUCAUCUAAUUUCAAUAGGAAGAGGAUCCCAUGGUCAGUUUCUACAAAAUCCCAUUCCUAGCAACACCAUAGGUUUUGCCGCUGGGAGCGAGCAUGGAAUUCUUGUAACGAGUGGCAUGGAGGUCUACUGCUGGGGCUGGGGCGAGCACGGAAACUGUGGUCCCUUGCGCCCGCAGGGUUCCUCUUUGGAAUCCGAGAAUCACGUGACCGCUCAUCAUGUCAAUGACAAAAGCAACGUAAUAAGUCCGUUGAACCUCAUCGGCAAGUACGAAAAUGUUGAAGCCGUCUACGGAGGAUGUGCCACAACUUGGAUCAUGACCAGAUCCGAUUAA